AAAGUUGCCGGUGCACGUUUGAGCGUCACAUGCUGUAGGCGCAACAACAAGCGUCACUGCUUCCCCUUCCCUGUUCAAAUCCUUCUGCAAAUUGGGGUUGUGAAAAGGACACUCUUUUGAAGUUAGAGACAGGGAUGGAGUGGUUUUGGUUUUAGAGAGUGAGAGAGAGAGAGAGAGAGAAAGGGAGAUGGAUUUGCGCUCCUGAAGUUUCUAUUAAUUUAUUAAAUUAACGAUGGAUGGUUUUUGCCAUCCUAUUCGUGAUGUAUGGGAGCGGUUUCUCCAGAGAUGCUAUGAAGCUUUCCCAUGUCUCUCUGAUCCUGAGAGAAGGUCUUCAUUGGGAUUGAAGCUUGCACUGGUUGCCAUGCACGUUGUGUUUGCAGGCGCUUUGUUAAUCUUGGAUAGGAACAUGCUAAAUGCUACUCGAGACAAUCCAUGGUAUUUUGCGACAUACUGGUUUCUUUUCUUUGUAACAUUACUUCAGUAUUUUUAUACGUCUGGUUCAUCUCCAGGGUUUGUAAUUGAUGCAAUGAGGGCUGGCUGUGAGAUACAAUCUACCUCUAGAAGACCACCCAAGACCACUAAGCAGUCUGCAUCUGUCAAAGAUGCCAGCUUGAUCAUUCCCAUUUACAGUCACCAGCCGGUUUCAACUGCUUGUUCUGUUGAAGCUACAUCUUGGGUGAAACUGAUAAUGGACAUGUACCCUCCUGGAUCUUCCAGCAGACAUUGGACUUGUACUUAUUGUAAUGUUGUACAGCCCCCACGCUCAAAACAUUGUCACGAUUGUGACAAGUGUGUGUUGCAGUUCGAUCACCAUUGUGUUUGGCUUGGAACAUGUAUAGGUCAAGGCAAUCAUUCUCGGUUCUGGUGGUAUAUUUUUGAAGAAACGGUGCUGUGCAUUUGGACUGGAAUCAUGUACAUUACAUUUCUAAGGAAUAGUAUGUCAAGGGCAUGGUGGAGAGAUGUGGUGGCCAUAAUGCUUCUGGUGGUUUUAUGUAUUUGCCUUAUUUUUCUGCUUUUGCUUCUCAUUUUCCACAGCUAUCUUGUACUGACGAAUCAGACAACGCAUGAACUUAUAAGGAAACAGCGGAUUUCGUAUCUGAGAGGUAUCCCUGAUAGGGUCCAUCCUUUUAGCAAGGGGGUAUGCAGAAAUCUGUACAACUUUUGUUGCGCCAGCAGAAGUAUUUAUACCAUUGAACCAUUGCCCACGCUGGAGGAAAUAGAAGAUAAAAAAAGGCCAUACACAUGCUGGGACAUUGUGACUUGCCGUUGCUGUUAAGCUAUACGAUUUCACCAGUACCACAUGCAUCAUCAGGCCUCGUCUUCAUGGUGAAUGUUCAAAUCUUAGAGUAUGAUUGUUGUGCAUUGAAGCACACGGCUUUGUAAUGUAUUGGAUUGCGAUAUUCCUUGGAGUUAUUUUCAGUCUUGAAAUGAUUUUAAGCCAAGUUUGGUUUGUGAAGGCCCAUUCUUUC